CGUGUCUUGGUCUUUUCCUUCCAUGCUUUCUUCUAGGACCAGCUGAGGAGGACAUCUCUCUGGAUACCUUCCUUAUGGUUGCACUCGGUUGUGUGCCGACAGUGGCCGGUGAUGACAGCUGCCCUCUGAUCACACACAUCUAGCAGGAGAUCAGCAAGAAAUCACCGUCGGCUUUCUCGGUCGUGUCAGUCUGACAGUUGAUUGUAUGUAUAUUCAUUCCAUUCUUCAAGGCCCGGACCUUGCUACUGUACACUACACAACACUAGGCUUCAGCCCUAUUGCUUUUUCAUCACAGUCACCCGCCCGUGUCUCACCUCGUCGUCACCCCGCCCAGCGAGACAGAUCGGGGCUCGUUGGAUGAGAUUCCCUCAGACUAGCCUGUUUGGAUAGGGCCCAGGAGACCCGAGUCAGCUUGUGCGUCCGUCCACCAGCUCCCCACCACACACACCACACUGUCCACACCACACUCGGAUUUCCAAAGUCGGCAAUAGGUAUAAAACAACAAAACGGACACGACUGAGGGAAACACGGCGAGAGAGAUGGCAGGGAUAAUUAUCGCCCACCCCCCCUUCCUUUGACCAGGCCAGGGCGUCUCGCCCGUUUUUACAGAGAUACGGAGGCACUGGAGGGCGGGCGGCAGUCUGCCCUGUAGGGUUGCGGGCAACCGUCCCCGUACCACGUUGGUAUUUUUGCCAGCCGUUGGCUUCCCGUCCAAGCCGGCCCGCAACAGGAUUAAGAAACCACAGAUGGUACCGUGGCGAUCGUGAUGACGGGACCGUCGAGCGGGGCUUCGCUUUGCUUUGCUCUGCUCGUAAGUGUAUCUCAUCGUCACCACGAAACAACGGGGCAAGAAUCUGCGGCCCGUCGCCGCCCUAUACUAAAGGUUGGUGUCUCGCACUCGCUUACCUGAUCAUUUGUGGAAGAGCUUCAUUCUCACCGCCCUCACCGCCAUGUCCAUGUUCUCAGCAGUUUUCAGCUUCAGGAGUACAAAAGGCACAGCAAGCACUAUCAACCGCUUCUCGCCACUCGACACCGGCCGUAUGGAUGGGAUAUUUGGGGGCCUCGGAGCUUGACCUUGCUUCCAGCUUGGAAGCCAGCCAGCCGGGCUUACUCAUCUGUGCUGUCUGUCAUGUCAUCCCGACGGCAAUUCUCAUCAGACGAAAUCUGAUCUUGUGUCACCAACAACCUGAUACGGCGGCCAGAACCCAACCGAUGUACAUGAUCGGAAUGGAGUAGGUACCAAACGAGGAUACAGUUCGGUGUGAGAGAGCAUGCUGCCCGUGACGGUGCUGGGAUAGUGUUGGUUGACUCCAAACGAUUCGUACUGUGAUGAGUUGUGAUGGAAAAGAGGGGGAUGGCGUUUUCGGUGGCUUCUGUGCAAGGCACGCAGGGCAGAAUCUCAGCCCUACCACAAGUUCGUCAGCGAGCUAGGGCCAUUCUCCGUUGCUGAGGAUCAAUGCUUAUUGGGUCAGUGUGUCCACUGGGGGAUAUGUCACGGCUAGGGUAUCCUUGUCCUAUCGGGGCCGUGACACAUCCCGAGGCUGAAGGUGAGCGUUUUUGUGCUCGCAAGCGACACGCCUCCUCCAGUCCUUAUCUCGCUCUGUUGCCUCUGGAGAUAGAGCUGGACAUGAGAUGGCGUGUUGCUGUGCUUCCCCAAACGUGCGCCUGGACUCGCGCCAAGAUCCGCUGCUCACCGCGCCAAAAAGUUCACGGACGCUCGGCAUUUGACCAUGGUGGAUGCCCCGCAUCUCUCCCAAGUCACCACAACCCGGCCGCGGCUCUGUGA